AUGCAUCAUUACUCAGUGACAGAAGCAAUAAAAAUGUUCCACGCCAACUUUACAAGUCUUGGAGCAACUGGUCGUCUUGGUCCUUCUUCCCUGGGCUCCUACUAUGUGGGGAAAGAUAAUGACAACAUGGUGACUCUCAAGAAUGGGAUACAGUUCUGGACAGUUUCCUACACUGGAACAUACGAGAUCACCGCAGUUGGUGCAGCCGGAGGAUAUGAUAAAUACGGCUCAACUGCUCGAGGUCGUGGCGCUUAUAUGAGGGGUGAAUUUACCUUUCAGAAAGGAGAUGUAAUUAAAAUAUUGGUUGGACAGACAGCUCCAGUAAAUUCUGCAAGUCAGUCGUCAGGGGGAGGUGGCGGAUCAUUUGUUGCGACAUCGUCUAACACACCGCUUAUUGUUGCUGGGGGUGGGGGUGGCGUUGAAAGGCUGAGUAAUAGACUGGCAAACUGCGAUGCAAAUACCAGAACAUCUGGAAGAAGAAAUCAAUGUAAAUUCUCGUGUGCCAUUUGGCCUGGGGGGAAGAAUGGGAGUGGCGCCUCACAAGCAGACAGCAGUAACUCAGGUGGUGGUGGUGGUGGAUUCUAUAGCAAUGGACGGAGCAGUUCUCAGCUUCGCGGUUCCUAUGGUCACGGUGGGGAAGGAGGGAGAGGUUUUAUUCAGGGGGGAGCAGGAGGACGUGCUCGCACUAAUAUUGCUGUCGGUGGAUUUGGAGGAGGUGGAGGGGCGUAUGGAGCCGGAGGAGGCGCAGGAGGUGGCGGGGGAUAUUCUGGUGGAGCAUCUGGAAAUAAUUUUUAUUACUCGUGUGGUGGAGGUGGAGGUUCCUACAACGCUGGGAGAAAACAAAGAAACGUGGAGGCCAUGAAUGAGAAGGGAAAUGGUUAUGUCGAAAUAAAACGUGUCGUCUAA